AUGGCAAUGUUGGCACCGCCACCUGCACGGGCGCCGGCACCACCGACAGAGUCUUUGGCCUCCCAUGGCCCAGCCCAUGGCGCCCGUGUGGCGGGCGCCCUCACGGCAGCAGCCGCGGCCGUCGCCGCCCGGCGCCCGGAGCUGGCUCGGAGCAAGGUGCUGCUGAGGGCAGCCGGCUCGGACUUCGCCAUCAUCCGCUUCAGGAUACCGGGAGUGGACGACUUGACGCUGCUGCCAAGGGUCGUCACGGCAUUCUGCGCGGCGCUCUUCGUCUACAACAAGGUCUCUGCCUCCGGGGAUCCAGACAGUUUUCGCCAGGUGAGUGAGACCCUGGCCGUGGUUCUCUCCGUGCUGACCUGGUCCAUCCCCUGGGUCACCGGGCGCCUGGAGGAGGCAGUCCGGCGGCAAGUUGACGCGAAGCCCUCCUCCAGGAAGCCGGGUUCCAUUCAAACCCUCGCCAUCAAACAGGACCUGUCCGAAGACCUGCAAGUAGACAUCUCCUGGCUUUCCUCGUCCCUGCUCCGACUGACCAAUGCGGACGGUCUCGCGAUCUGGAACGAGGGCUCUGCAAUCUGCAGCCGUGGCAUCGUGAAGAGGCUCAAGGGCUUCGCCGCGGGGGCCGAGUUCGUGCUGCAGGGCCUGGACGCCGUGUGGACUCCGGGCUCCGACCCCGUGGAUGGCUACUGUGCCACCCGACGAGGCCUGGAAGCCUUCCCAGAGAAGCUGCUGCCACAGCGGGUUCUGCCCGGGGACACGGAGUCGGCGAUCAUCAAGCCCCUACCGGGAGGCGGCCACCUCGUUUUGUGGUCGGCGCGUCCACGGGCCUUCGACAAGGAGGCAGAUCGCCUUUGGAUCCAAAAUGCGGCGGCCAAACUGGGUGGGCUGCUGCAUGGGCCCAAGUCCACCGUGCCCGACACUGUCAUGGAGGAGUGCUUUGAAGACACCUUGCCCCUGCUCGUGGCCGAGGAGGAUGCCGAGGCAUCCAGGGACCCCUUUGCGCGCUUCGACUUGCAGAUCCGAGUGGCCCCGACCAUUGUCGGCGUGAUGGGUCUGGGCGUGCUGAUCUUCAACCGCCAGGCGCUGGUGUUCUCGGAGGCGUCAAGGAUGGGUGUGGACCCAGCUCAAACACGAGCAGACCUCUGCGCGGGAGUCCUGGCCAUCACACUUGUGCUGCAGGGCCUCGUUUGGGUCAGCGAAACGCCGAAAGCGCCGGACGUUGAGGACACGACCCAGUGGGAUGACUCUCGCAACGUUUUGUGGGUGGACCCACAGCUAGCGGAAGGUGCCUGUCAGGAGCUCGUCUGGUCCUGGAGUGCCUUCAGCAGCGCCACGCGGGCCUGCUCCAUGGCCCUUUUCUGGCGCGACAAGUGUGUGAUGCAGGGUGGCCUGUUCCAACCGGGCAUGGAGCCAGUUCAGCGUGGCUUCUGCCAGGAGGUCAUUUCCAUGGGAAAGGGCCGCUAUCUGGCGCAGUUGAACAACUAUCCUGCCAAGGAAGAGUUCUUGGACUUCUUUCCGAGGAAAACUCAGGGUCUCUUGCUGACUCCGCUGCGCCCGGCGCGGAAUGCCCCGGCA